GAAACGCUUCCUCCCGCCCGCCGUCAAUGGUACCGAAUAAGCUAACAUGUCCUUCCUAGUCGUAGAUCCUUUUGCAGCUCACCCAUCAGCUGUGGAAGCGUCUUCAUUUGUCACAUAUUCCCCAGUCGCUACAUCCCCACCGUCGAUGCUCGGGCAAUUUAAUUCCCCGCUAUCCCGUCGUACCUCCAAGCGACCACAAACGAUGCAGUCACUGUCUGCAACGUCGACAUCCCCCUCUAUCAGUGAUGUAGUGACACCACCCACGUCCCCAUCGACGUCGUCUCCGCCAUCACAGCCCGCGAGCCCACCUACACGACGACGUGGCAGCCUGCUCGUCGCUGCAUCAGACGCGUUCUCCACGUUCGCACGCAAAACGCCCAACAUGAAGCCCCGUCUAGGUAGCAUUGGCCGGACGCAGAGCUCAAAGGCAAACAUGGCACUCGGCAUACAUACGCCACAGCCUAUCGUACUCACGGAAGUUAUCGAGAUCACCGAGAGCGCGGUGCGGGCGAGCAAGCGGCAGGAGGAGGAAGAGGAGGAGCGCGAGCGGUUGCGUGACGCUGCAGCCAGGGCACUAGGCAUUGGAGAGCUUGAUGUCGACACGACGAGCCUGAACUCGCGCAUGCGAUCAGAGCUCUUGGACCCUGGAGACGAAGACUAUCGUGGCUCUGGCGGCGACAGGGACAGCCCAGAUUGGUAUGACAUGAAGACGCCAACAGCGGCUCGUUCGGAUAUGGGGCAUUCGCGCUCGCGCUCGGGAUCCUACAUACCCCCACACACGAUGCCGUUCACAGCGCAGUCGACCCGGCCUUCGACACCGUCAAUAGCAAUAGCCUCCACACAGGUCGCGCUACCGUCGUCUUCCCUGGGGAUCUCUGUCCCCCGCUCUCCCUUCCUCCCCCCCAGUUCCCCUCCGCCACGGAACCCAUCCGUAAAAUCGCUCUCCACGCCCCCAGCGUUAUCACUCAACACCCGCGCGGCAAGCCCCCCCUCGCGCGAGAUCUCGGCCGCGCGACUGCGUGAGCACUCGAAGCCUGUGCAAGAACGGGACCUGCCGCCCCCAAAGAUACCGCCAUUCCCCAGUACGUACGCAUCUCUGAAGCCGUUCGUCCAGCGCUCUGCGACGGUCCCGCGGCACUACCCCGCCCCCUCGCUCCUGAUGUUCGCGCUCUCGAAGCAGUGGAAGAACAGGUACCUGGUGCUGACG